AUGCUGCUCUUCAGCGAGGAGCUCCAGGUCAACGCAGCCUUGACCCUGCUCGAGACCUUCGUCCUCCUCUGGACCGCUGCUUUCCCCCAAUACAGCUUCACGCAGCUGUUCCUGCGCGCGUUUGGCGUCAACCUGGCCAUCCAGAUCUUCUGGGAUAUGGUCAUCUACCCCCACUUGGUCAAUCCGCUCCGCCAUCUCCCUCGCGUUAAGUCCAUAUCAUCUUCGACUCCCCCGCGGCCGAACCCCCUCGAGUGGAUCCGCACCAUCCCCAAUGACGGCCUCAUCCACUUCCGCGACACCUUCAACCGCAGCUACCUGCUAGCAACGAGCCACCAGGCCCUGCUCGACAUCAUGAGCACCAACACGUACGACUUUGAGAAGCCGUGGCGCGUGCGCGAGUUCCUCGCCCGCAUCAUCGGCUUCGGGCUCAUCCUGUCCGAGGGCACGGCGCACCGUGUCCAGCGCAAGGCGCUGACACCGGCGUUCCAUAUCAAGAACAUCCGCUCGCUGUACACGCUCAUGUGGGACAAGACCACCAUCCUGCUGGACCAGCUCGAGAAGGAGAUCAAGCUGAACCCGGUCGACGGCAUGAACGCCGCCAGCGCCAGCGGCAAGGUCGAGAUGUCCGUCUGGGCCAGUCGCCUCACGCUCGACGUGAUCGGACCGGCGGCCAUGGGGCGCGACUUUCAGUCGCUGACGCACGCCGAGAACAAAGUCGCCGACAGCUUCCUGGCCAUCCUGGAGCCGACCAAGGAGAAGCUGAUCUUCCUGGGCAUCAACUUUCUGCUGCCGCAGUGGUUCGCGCGCCGCAUUCCGUGGAGGCUGAACAAGCACGAGACUACCGCCAGCGCCCUGACGUGGGCCUGCUAUCUGCUGUGCUUGCAUCCCGAUAUUCAGACCCGCCUCCGCCAGGAGAUCCACACGGUGAUCCCGUCUGCCAACCACCCCAUCACCUGGAACGACCUCGAGUCGAUGCCGCUGCUCAACGGCGUCUGCCAGGAAGUACUGCGGCUGUACCCGACGGUGCCGGCGACGAUCCGCGAGGCGGUACGCGAUUCGUACGUAGCUGGCAAGAAGAUCCCCCGGGGCACGCGCAUCAUCCUCUGCCCGUACGCGAUCAACCGCAGCCCGGACUUCUGGGGCGAGACGGGCGAGGAGUUCCGGCCGGAGCGGUGGAUCGACACGGACGAGAAGGGCCACCAGGUAGUGAACCACCACGGCGGCGCGCCGACCAACUUCGCACAGAUCACGUUCCUCCAUGGCCAGCGGUCGUGCAUCGGCAAGGACUUUGCGCGAGCAGAGCUGCGGUGCGCCGUGGCUGGAGUGGUUGGCCGCUUUGCGAUGGAGCUGCAGGACCCGAAUCAGAAGGUCCACAUCUCAGGAGCAGUCACGACGAAGCCGCGCGAGGGGAUGCACUUGAAGCUGACCAAGGUGGAGGGGUGCAUUGCAAUGUUGUCUUGA